AUGGCGACAGAUAUCCCAACUAUAAAGCUUGAGAGCGGUGCGUUAAUUCCAACGCUUGGUUAUGGAACGGGUACGGCAUGGUUCAAGAAACCUGGAGACCAAGGCAUUGAUCAAGCUACCGUGGGGGCAGUAACGUUUGCAAUUAAGUCGGGAUAUCGACACCUUGACGGAGCAGAAGCUUACGGAACCGAAACGGAGCUUGGGAUCGCAAUCAAGGAGAGUGGCGUGAAGAGGGAAGAAUUAUUUGUGACGUCCAAGGUGGAGAAGGGCAUUGAUGAUAUCCAGAAGGCGAUUGAUGCCACGCUGGAGAGGCUGCAGCUGGAUUAUGUUGAUUUCUAUGAAGCAUACCUGAUCCAUUCGCCCUUCUUCGCCAGAAAUGAUAACGACCUACAGUCGAAAUGGGCAGAGAUGGAGAAAGCCCAGCAGGCUGGCAAGGCACGAGCGAUUGGUGUCUCCAACUUCUUACAGCCACAUCUUGAGGCGAUAUUAAAGACGGCAAGGAUCAAACCGUCAGUAAACCAGAUUGAGUAUCACCCAUAUCUUCAGCAUGGCGAUUUGCUUACGAUGGAUAAACGGCUGGGUAUUGUCGUCGAGGGUUAUGGACCGCUCACUCCACUGACUCGAGCGAAAGGCGGCCCAGUGGACGAGCUUGUUGCCCGUCUGGCGAGGAAGUAUUCUGUCAGUGAAGGGAGUGUGUUGCUGCGUUGGUCGGUGGAUAGGGGUGUGGUGACGAUCACGACUAGCGGGAAGGAAGAGCGUAUCAAGGAGUUCCUGGAUGUGUUGAAAUUCAAGCUGACGGAGGAUGAAGUGGCCGAAAUAUCGAAACUGGGAGAACAGAAGCAUUACAGGGCAUGGUGGAAGUCGAAGUUUGCAGCAGACGAUCGGUCAUAG